AUGCCUGAGGCUGCAACUGUGCACACUUCAUCUUUGGGCUUUCUUUUACAUCAAGUGAACUGUGACUGGGAGCGAUUCAAGGCCGCUGAGCUUCCAAAAUAUCAACUUAUACGUCUUGCUUGGCUUUCUCACGCCUGCGGACUCUUCACACUCAAUCAGUUUCGUAUCCCGGUACGCAUGCUAAUCAACGGCGAGCAAUGCAAGGACUCCACCUUCCAUGACGAGCAGGAGGCUUCAUGGCGGGCGCUGAAAUGCCUAUCACCUGGAUACCAAGAAGUCGUGUUUGACGUCGAGGUUAAAUGGCCGCGUCGAAUUCAGAAAGUUGGAAUGUGGCGCGUAGACGACACGUACACGUUGGGGCAAUUUUACGACGAUAGGUAUGUCUCAAGGUACAUGGGACGAUCUGGAACAUCUCAAAAGCUGGGUGCCACUUUCGCGUCAGCAAGGCAGACGAAGUUUCCACCAUACAACGCUCACUGCCAUAGUAGGAAGUCUUCAAAGCGAAUUCGAGAAAUGGAUCUAGGCAGGACGAUUCGCAUGUGGCAGCCGGUUGGACUCAAGAACUUUCGAUUUGAAUGCAACUGGCUGCGAGAAAAGCAAGAAGAUAUUUCCGCUGGAGAUCAUCUUGGAUGGAUGCGAAAGGCGCUGGGCGCGAACCCGAACGCCUUAUGGCGAAGGAUCAAACCCUUUCCAAUGAGACAUGAUACGGCUAGACUGCCCGUAUAUCUAAAACCACUGGGCCAAUUCAGUCUUCGCCAUAGGCUCGCUUCACGUGUGUUGAAGCCGUUAUGUGGCAUCCUCAAUCCAGAAUCCCCACUAACAUCCAAUCGCGUCACCCGCACAACACGCUUCUUAUUUGAUCUCCAUUACUCCUACAUCAUCCGUAGUCAAAGCAUAAGAUACCACUACACCAGCGCUGACGGCAUCUCAGUCAUGGCAACAGCUGCGCGCUCCGCAGCGGAGCGAGUCUUCUCCAUCGCUGAACUUCUGGAAGACAUCGUCCUUCGUGUCAUUCAAGAUGAGCUCGACCAUCCCGUUCUUGAAGAGAAAGUCUUGCACCUUACGACGGCCUUCAAGCUGCAAGGCAUCAAUCGCGACGCCUACCGCAACAUUGCAGGAUCUAAGAAAAUACGCGAGCUGGCUCUCAUCAGACUCGGCACUGAGAAACUUGAUACUUGGGAUCGCAUCCGCUGGCUGAGCUCCACAAUCUCGGGAUGGGACUUUCGUGCAUACAGACGAGCAACUCGCACUCGUCACGGUCAUGUUGAACACGGACCUUCCAUCCAACUCUCAUCCGAGCCGCGGCGGCUGCGUCUCGAUGAUAACCCAGAUGCUUCAUGGAGAGCUCUUCCGUGCUUUCCUUCUGGUACACAGUCUACCACGCUGGAGAUCUGGCAGUUCAUACCAAGUCGCUUUUGGUACGCUGGCACGAACCUGCAGCCGCAAGCCAAGGAUCUCGAAUCAAUGACGGGCGAGUACUGGAGGAAGAGAUUGGCUGCCUGGAGACUGGAUGAUGGAUAUACGCUUGGUCAGCUAUAUGAUGAUGUGGGUAGGGUUGAGGACGAGCAGCGUCUAGGCAUUUUCCAGAGGCUCGACAUGCAGCAAGUUUGGUCACAGAGGAUGAUUGCUCUGCCGAAACGAUGCUGGAGCAGAGUUCAGAGCAUUCAAGAGGCGGAGAGAGCACUACAGCUUUCAGGCCUAAGGUGGUCGCACAUCUCACUCUCCUUGCCGUCCUCGCAUGGAUAA